AUGCACACACCCACGCCUGCCCGCCUACCUGAUCCUCUCGCGACAGUGAUACUAGACAGUUGGUUAAACAAAGAUGCACCGCAGUCUCCGGGUGGCUCUCUCCACCAAUGGUCCUCACUCAUUGGCAUCAUCACCGCCAUCGUGGGCAAUCUUCUGAUCUCCUUUGCGCUGAACACCCAGAGAUAUGCCCACAUCCUAAUAGACCGCGAGUACUCUCAAUCCCGCAAGUCCUCGACGAACGGCCACCCUCCCCUGAUGCGUAAUGGUGGUUACGGCACAUCCCACCAGGAAGAGAUAGCAGAGGACAGGAGAAAGAAGAACUUGGAGAUAUCCGGGUUCCAGAAGAUUGUCGACGAAGAGACAGGCGAUCUACUACAUCAACCUUCAGACGGGUCUCUCCGACCAGCUUUCGAGUCAAAAAAGCAGGUCGACAGCCAAGAGAAAGAUGCAGAUGAUGACUCUGGAAGGGUUUCAUAUCUGAAAUCGCCGUAUUGGUGGUUAGGCCUGGUCUUGAUGAUUGUCGGCGAAGCAGGCAACUUUCUGGCUUAUGGAUUCGCACCUGCCUCGAUCGUCAGCCCGUUGGGCGUGGUUGCGCUCAUCUCCAACUGUUUAAUUGCCCCUCUAAUGCUGAAAGAACGAUUCCGUAGGCGGGAUCUAUGUGGCGUCCUGAUUGCAAUCGCCGGAGCUGUCGUCGUCGUCUUGUCCGCCAAGAACACCGAGACGAAGUUUGGGCCCGGAGAAUUAUGGAAGACCAUCAAGAGAUGGGAGUUCCUACUCUACGUGAUCAUCACAGCUGUCUUUAUCGUGGGCUUGAUGUACGUCGAGCCACGAUACGGUCGUAAAACCAUCCUUGUCGACCUUGGCCUCGUCGCUCUGUUUGGCGCUUACACGGCUCUCUCCACAAAAGGAGUAUCAUCCCUCCUCUCCGCAUCUCUAUACAAGGCCUUCACCUUUUCCAUUUUCUACUUUUUGGUCCUGAUCCUCGUCGGAUCGGCGCUCAUGCAGAUUCGAUAUCUGAAUCGAGCCUUGCAGAAUUACGACUCCACCCAGGUUAUACCCACUCAGUUUGUACUAUUCACCCUUUCCGUCAUCAUUGGAUCGGCUGUACUGUACAGGGACUUUGAGCAUACCACAGCAGACCAGGCUGUCAAGUUCGUCAUAGGCUGCCUACUGACUUUCUUUGGAGUGUAUCUAAUCACAAGUCAGCGCCACGAGAUUGGCGAAGCCGAAGACGAAGGUGGAGGCGAGGUGGAGAGUAUCCGUCUUCUGGACGAGGAAGCACACGAUAUCGACGAGCGGACGCCGUUGACGCGGGACCCUGCCCAGCUCGCAGCUGCAGCAGUCGGCCAACAGCCCACAGUCUCCGACGGAGACGAAGAACAAGCCGGUCCUGUGACACCGCGACGACAAUCGGUGGUAUCGUCCGAUGUGCCGUCAAUCUCAGUAACGCCCGCCGAGCCAUCUGAAGACUUCAUCCGAAACCCUUGGAUCUCUUCCACUGAAGAAGUGGAUGCGCCACCACCUCGGACACCUCAACACAGCAAUCUUCAGUUUGAUGCCACGCCCUUCUUUACCCCCGCAACGUCAAAUACUCUUCAACGCGCAUCGUCGUCACCUGCUGACCCGCAGACACCCACGAAGUUACCUGUGUCUCCUCGUCCAGCCUCGCCCGGUCGCUCUGCACAUCCAAUACCAGACGAUCCGUCGCCUUCUCCCAGCUUUCUUCCUCGCUCCGCUCGCGGCAGCAUUUCUCGUCUCAUUCCGAUUCCUGGUCCUUUGCUGGCACCUCUAUCCAACUCCCUCAGCGCUUUAGUCGCUGAUUCCAUCAUGAAGGGUGAAGGCGCACCUCGUUCUGUGCGGGCCGCGCUUCGCCGCACCCGCUCAGGAAGGCACUCCACGGACGACCGGCGACGGACCGUAGCUAUCACUGAAGAUGUCGACGGAGAUGAUCCACUCGCCGCCCUUCGCGGGAUCUGGGCGGAACGGAAUCGGAGUACGGAGAGCGCACAGGACCUGAGUAGGUCGCGGACGCACGAAACGAUAUCGGGAACGGUGCGUGAAGAUGACCAGGGAGACGUGGCGAAAGACAUGGGGAAGAGAAAGACGAGGUUAAGAGCCCUCAGUGAGACAUUGUCGGGAAUGAUGGGACAUGGCCGACGGACGCGAAGCCACGGAAAAGACCGAGAUGACGAUCAGGACGAUGCAGAUGAUCGGCACGGUGGUAGCAGGACGGAGGGUCCAUCCCAGCUCUGA